CGCGGGGCACACGCAUCGGCUCAGCCCCGCGCCCUGUGCGUGCGCUCGCCCUUGGCGCUCGCAGCGGUGUGUGCCCCUGGCGCGCAGCCGUGCCUUCGGGCGGGAGGGGGCACAGUGGCUGCGCGCAGCUCGAGACCGGCUGGCAGGGAAGGGAGGGGAGCAAAGGGAGGGGACCCCGGUCUCAGGAGGAGGAGGAGGAGGAGAGAGGCGAGGAGGCGGCUCUGGCAGCUCGCGGCAGCGGUGGCGGCGGCGGCGAGCUGGACUGGGAGCCCAGAGCUCGGGCAAGCGGGAGAACAGGAGCCGCAGCAGCAACUGCAGCUCUGCCAGCUUUGGGCCGAGCCUUCCGACACCGGCCUGGCUGGUCCACGCCAGCCGCAGCUAGAGGCUGAGCAUGGAGCUGUCCCCCCGCAGCCCUCCGGAGAUGCUGGUGGAGGAGUCGGAUUGCCCGUCACCCCUGGAGCUCAAGUCGGGCCCCAGCAAGAAGAUGUGGAUUAAGCUUCGGUCUCUGUUGCGCUACAUGGUGAAGCAGUUGGAGAAUGGGGAGGUAAACAUUGAGGAGCUGAAGAAAAACCUGGAGUACACAGCUUCCCUGCUGGAGGCUGUCUACAUAGAUGAAACACGGCAAAUCUUGGACACGGAGGAUGAGCUGCAGGAGCUGCGGUCAGAUGCUGUGCCUUCAGAGGUGCGGGACUGGCUGGCUUCUACCUUCACUCAGCAGGCCCGAGCCAAAGGCCGGCGAGCAGAGGAGAAACCCAAAUUUCGAAGUAUUGUCCAUGCAGUGCAGGCUGGGAUCUUUGUGGAAAGGAUGUUCCGAAGAACAUACACCUCUGUGGGCCCCACUCAUUCUGCUGCAGUCCUCAGCUGUCUCAAGAACCUGGACCGCUGGUGCUUCGAUGUCUUCUCCCUGAACCGGGCUGCUGAGGACCACGCGCUGAGAACCAUUGUGUUUGAGCUGCUGACUCGACACAACCUCAUCAGCCGCUUUAAGAUUCCCACUGUGUUUCUGAUGAGUUUCCUGGAAGCUUUGGAGACAGGCUAUGGGAAGUACAAGAACCCUUACCACAACCAGAUCCAUGCAGCCGAUGUCACCCAGACAGUGCAUUGUGUCUUGCUUCGCACAGGAAUGGUGCACUGCCUGUCAGAGAUUGAGGUCCUGGCUAUCAUCUUUGCUGCAGCCAUCCAUGACUAUGAGCACACGGGCACUACCAACAGCUUCCACAUCCAGACCAAGUCCGAAUGUGCCAUCCUGUACAAUGAUCGCUCUGUGCUGGAGAAUCACCAUAUCAGCUCUGUUUUCCGAAUUAUGCAGGAUGAUGAGAUGAACAUUUUCAUCAACCUCACCAAGGAUGAAUUUGUAGAACUGCGAGCUCUGGUGAUUGAGAUGGUGUUGGCCACUGACAUGUCCUGCCAUUUCCAGCAAGUGAAAACCAUGAAGACAGCCUUGCAGCAGCUGGAAAGGAUUGACAAGUCCAAGGCUCUUUCUCUGCUGCUCCAUGCUGCUGACAUCAGCCACCCUACAAAGCAAUGGUCUGUCCACAGCCGCUGGACCAAGGCCCUCAUGGAGGAGUUCUUUCGUCAGGGUGACAAGGAGGCAGAGCUGGGCCUGCCCUUCUCGCCACUCUGCGAUCGUUCCUCCACCCUGGUGGCACAGUCCCAGAUUGGUUUUAUUGACUUCAUUGUGGAGCCCACAUUUUCUGUGCUCACUGAUGUGGCUGAGAAGAGUGUCCAGCCCCAGGCGGAUGAUGACUCCAAGUCUAAAAGUCAGCCCAGCUUCCAGUGGCGCCAAGCUUCUUUGGAUGUGGAAGUGGGAGAUCCGAACCCUGACAUGGUUAGGUUUCGAUCCACCUGGACCAAAUACAUUCAGGAGAACAAGCAGAAGUGGAAGGAACGGGCAGCAAGUGGCAUCACCAACCAGAUGUCCAUCGACGAGCUGUCCCCAUGUGAGGAAGAGGCGCUGCCCUCUCCUGCUGAAGAGGAGCACAACCAGAAUGGAAAUCUGGACUAACUUGGGGGCCAGCACAGGUCCUCAUCGAGUCCAGAAUGUUCGUUGUCAUCAGCACCAUCCAUUGGGACGGGCUCCCUCAUCUGCUCCAAGGGAGCACACAGCACGUGGAACCAACCACCCUUCAACAGCCAAAUGCCAGAGAUUGGGGUGCACU